AUGUCGGAAAAUACGAGUGCUGUGUCGCCGUCAGAUAAAUCUUUGUCUGGGAGUAUGCUGUCAGACGAUAUCGAGGGGGUAUCUAGAUCACCUUCGACCUACUCGAUCCGCGAGGACAAGUGGCCGGAUCUUGUAGUUUCUCGGCCUAGGAAACUCGAUGCCUGGUGGUCGCCUCGACGCGCGAUGAUUGACCAGGACAUGGCCGGUGCCCAGGACACAAUUUACUUGUGCAAUUUCCGGGUCUCCGUCGACGGAGAGUGGCUCUGUCUCAAGGAGCUCCAGGACGUCGAGUUCUCGAUGCAGGACUCGAUGCAGAGGUCCCCCUCACCGCCUCUGGCUAUCAGCGCGCGUGAUCCAGUAAUAAUCGAGCGAAGUAACUUAGUAAAUAUAUCAAAACUAAUCGUAAAAGAACUGAUAGAAACAUCGUUAAAAUACGGAAGAAUGCUCGAUUCGGACCACAUGCCAUUGCAGCAUUUCUUCAUCGUCCUCGAGCACGUUUUGCGACACGGUCUCAGACCCAAAAAGGGUCUUCUUGGUCCAAAAAAGGAGCUUUGGGACAUUUUGCAAUUAGUCGAAAAAUACUGUCCAGAAGCGCAAGAUAUCACAGCGAGCAUCCGCGACUUGCCUACUGUGAGAACGGCGAUGGGUAGAGCUCGGGCUUGGCUACGAAUGGCAUUGAUGCAAAAAAAAUUAGCGGACUACUUAAAAAUUCUUAUCGACCACCGCGAUGAUUUACUAUCAGAAUAUUUUGAACCCGACGCUCUGAUGAUGAGCGAAGAAGCUAUUGUUAUCAUGGGCUUGCUUGUUGGUCUCAAUGUUAUUGAUUGCAAUUUUUGUGUCAAGAAGAUCUUGAUUGUCAGCAAGGGCGCUACAGUUAAAAAUUUACAAGCAAAAGUUGAAUCUCUGACAACGACGAAUGCUUUAAUGAAAGAAGAUCUGUCAAUAGCGCGCAAUAAUAUUCUGUCGAUACAAGAAGAAAAUCGACAGUUGAAGAAAGAACUUGGAAUUGAAGUUAAAGACACUGUUGAGACGGGAAAAACCCCGAUUAAAAUCACCGAAACUACUUCAGAAAUUGAGGAAUUGAGAAGCAGGCUUGAGAGUGAAAAAAAAUUAAGAUCUGACGUCGAAAAGGAAUUGGCUUUACAGGUUAGUAUGAAAUCUGAGAUGGAAGUUGCAAUGAAACUUUUGGAGAAAGAUAUCCACGAAAAACAAGACACUAUUAUUUCCCUAAGAAGACAAUUGGAGGAUAUAAAAUUGAUUAAUUUGGAAAUGUACAAAAAAUUACAGGAAUGCGAGGUGGAAUUGACGCAAAAAGGUGAGAUGGUGAGCCGUCUUCACGCAAAAACCAACCAAAUCGGUAAAAUCUUAAACAAUCUAGAAAAGUAUAACCACCUAAUGAAAGACAGCGAUGGGAGAACGCCAACAACGCCUAGUUCAACAAAAAGUUUUGUUAAAAUAAGCCCGCUUUCUCCAAAGCCACCGCCUUUUGCUGAGCUUGGGACUUUCCGGGACAGAGAUUUCAGAGCGGAGAAAGCCGCUAAAGACUGCGAGAGUUCGCUUAAGCACAAAACUGAAGUUAUUGUCAAAUUGGAAGCUCAGACAUUGUCUAUGUCUGAGACCAUUCAAAAAAUGGAUCAAAAGUGUAAAGAAAUAGACAAUGUGAGGUCGGGAAGUGAGGAACGAGCACGGCUGCUGGAUGCCAAAGUAGCCGAACGUGAGGCACGAGCCAAUGGGAUGGAGAGAGAAUUAAAAGUGGAACGCGAGUGGCGUACUUCACUUCAAGAAGCCUCUGUUUCAAACACUGAAAAGAUUUCCCAGCUAUUGCAAGAAAUUGACCAGCUGAAGAGCGUUCACGAGAAAUAUCUGACCCUCCAAGAAGAGCACUACGCGUUACGUGAAAUAUGCACAGAGCAAGAACGCACGCUGGAAGAACUUGGCGGGCAAUUAAGCUUAGCGAAAUUAGCGGCCUGCGAAUUACGUGAAGCCGUAGACAAUGCGCAAUAUCAAGCAGCUAAUAAUGAAGGAACUAAUGGUACUCCAACAUGGGCUAAUGAUCGACUUGUUACUAAUUGCAAAGGUUGUAAUCGAGAGUUCAACUUAACUCGUCGUAAGCACCACUGCAGAAACUGUGGAAAAAUAUUCUGCAACGCUUGUAGCGACAACACGAUCGCCCUGCCGAAUUCAGCAAAGCCAGUACGAGUCUGCGACGAGUGUCACGUCUUUCUUGUCGGCCGGUACUCAGUUCUCACUCCUUAA